AUGGCGUCUGGCGAGCACAGCUUCAGGACACAGUCAGCGCAGCCUCCAGCGCCAUCACCGCUGGCUCCGCAACCUAGCAACGGCGCAUCGGACAGUCCCACGUCACAGGCCGUUCCGCCUGGCCAUCCCUCAUUCAGACGGCAGCGCGCCAGUCGAGCAUGCGAGACAUGCCAUUCGCGCAAAGUUCGGUGCGACGCCGCCUCGUUGGGUGUCCCAUGCACCAACUGCACUGCCUUCUCCAUCGAAUGCCGCAUCCCCACACCCAAGCGCAAGAAAACACAGACAUCGCGAGCCAAGGAAGCAGACGGCGUAAGCGAAGCAGGCGACAAUAACGAUGGUUGCUCGCCAGGGAGCAUCUCGGUCGAGCCGCGUGACAAGACGACCGUCUCCAACUCAGAGGAUGGCACCCCCGCAAAUAACUUCUCCCACGCAUACGCUGCCCAGCAGGCCGCCCACAACGGCACAUACGUGCAGUUCAUGAAGCCCAAGUUCGCCAGAGCCCCGAUCAAGGAAGCUGGUCGCGUCGCAUACCUAGGUGAAUCAUCGAAUCUGUCUUUGCUGGUCCACGACCGCUAUGGAACAACAGAUGUAGUUCAUUACCCGUUGCCUGAGAAUGUGCGCGGUGCUAAAGCUCGCGUGAACGAGAUGGACAACAUGGAGAUCGAGAUUCUGCACCAGAGAGGCGCCUUUCUGCUACCGCCGAGGGCACUGUGUGACGAGCUUGUCGAAGCCUUCUUCAAGUGGGUGGCGCCAGUUGUGCCUGUCAUCAACCGCAGCCGCUUUAUGCGCCAGUACCGAGAUCCAAAGAACCCUCCGUCAUUGCUUCUGUUGCAGGCUGUCCUGCUGGCUGGCUCAAGAGUCUGCACAAACCCCCAAUUGAUGGACUCUAGUGGAUCCACUACGCCGGCUGCCAUGACAUUUUACAAGCGUGCGAAGGCCCUUUAUGACGCAAACUUCGAAGACGACCGAGUCACCAUCGUUCAGGCGCUGAUCCUCAUGGGCUGGUACUGGGAGGGACCCGAAGAUGUGACUAAAAACGUGUUUUAUUGGACUCGAGUUGCUAUCGUUGUGGCGCAGGGUUCAGGCAUGCACCGAAGCGUUGAGGGAUCACAGUUGAGCCGUUCAGAUAAACGACUAUGGAAGCGUAUUUGGUGGACGCUCUACAGCCGAGAUCGUUCAGUAGCCGUUGCCCUUGGUAGACCGGUCGCAAUUGAUCCCGAGGACUCAGACGUCGAGAUGAUCUCGGAGGAUGACUUCAUCGAUGAUGAAGCAGAUCGCCCAGCGGAGCACCCCCCAGAUCCAGUCCAUGUUCAGUUCUUCAUCAACUACGUCAAGCUGAGCGAGAUCAUGGGUCUGGUCCUUUCGCAGCAAUAUUCAGUGGCAUCCAAGUAUCGCAGGGCGAAUGCCAUUGACUUAACGCACAGCGACAUGGCCCUCGCAGAUUGGCUGCAACACUGCCCGCCUGAAGUGCAGUGGGAUCGAACACGACACCAUUUCUGGGCUGCGUUGCUACAUGCGAAUUACUACACCACACUCUGUCUCCUGCACCGCGCACACAUGCCGCCAGCCGGAUCACCAAAGUCGACCAACCUGGACGGUUUUGGCGAAGAGCAUGCAUACCCAUCGAGGAACAUCGCAUACCAGGCUGCGGCUAUGAUCACGUCAAUCAUCGAGAAUCUCCGAGCACAUGACGAGAUACGGUACACACCAGCCUUCAUCGUGUACAGUUUAUUUUCAGCUCUCAUCAUGCACGUCUACCAGAUGAAAUCAUCCAACAAGUUGAUUGUUUCAGCAACGGAGCAGCGACUGCAGAUCUGCUUAGAUGCCCUGAAAGAAGUAUCCAAGGUCUGGCUAGUCGCGAAAAUGGUACAUACGCUCUUUGAGUCCAUCUUGGGGAACAAGAGCCUCGAAGAACGUCUGCAAAAAGCCGCUGGCAGAAACCACAAAAAGAAUAAGCCGCCCAGCGUACCACCGCCCCCACCAAAGCCAGCCCAAGAAGCUCCAAAGCGCAAGUUCGAAGAAAUGGAUUUUGGAGGUUUCCCGACUAUCAAUGGUCCACCAGCAGCUCAGGUCUCGUACGAACGAUCACGACCCCAAACGCCUGCAGCCACGCCGUCUCGAGAGCUCCCACCACAGCCACAGCAGAUGCCUCAGAUGUCGGCGGGAUCACCGCAGAUGAACCGCCAUAACCAUGACACUUUCAUGGGUCCUUCACGGUCUGGCACCCGUCCGACCACACCUUUCAAUCCUUCCUACUCGUAUCCUGGAACGCCCCCUGACUUGUUCCUGAUCACCCGUGAUACACCAAACAUCAGCCAGGAGGUCUGGCAAAACUUCCAACCAGAUCAGUUGUUCCCAGCAGAUACUCAGGUCAACUUCCCUCAACCGCCGCAAUCGCUAGUUGAUCCAGCUUUAUCACAGCCUCAGAACAUGCCUUUACAACAACAACAAAACAACGGCAAUAUGCAGUCGCAAUCUCAGCAGCCCCAACAACAGAUGCAGAACCCGAUGAACGGCCAGUUCGAUCAGAACAACCCGCAAGCAUGGGCGCAACAAAUGGAGAUGAUGCAACAAAACCAACAACAGCACGGCGCGCAAGACGAUACCUGGAGCAACAGCUCCAAUGGACGACAUAACCCUGUUGUACCGAUGAGUCUGAAUGUGGACGACUGGUUCAACUUCUUCGGUAUCAACGGUGAGGCCGACAUGUCGCACCUUUUCCAACAUGGUCCGUCUUGA